UUUGUAUUAAUUGAAGAUAACUGCAAAUCUGUUUGCAGCCCCUGAUGGCUGAGUUUAGUUUUGGCGUGUGGGUGGAUUAGAUUCAUUGCAAAAUAAACCUUUUGGUGGGUUGUAAGAGCAAUUAUAUGUCUAGCUAUCUGUGUAGACUGUGGAGGAUUAGAAAUCGAAUACAGUGCACCUGUUGGUAAAUUGAUUGUUCUAGGCGGGAGAAUUGAAAUGAUUAUCAUUGCAAAUGUCACUUUAAACAAGCUGACUAAGAUUUUCCUUUAUGAGAGAAUAUGAUAUGAUGCUGUUCUUGUUUCUGAUUUUUCUUUUCCAGAAUUCAUUUUUCGGUGCCAUGCCAAAGAGAAAAGGAAGAGGACGACCAAAAGGGUCACAUGUUCAGAAGGAGGUUAAAGAGAGUGCAGAUGGUGAAUUUGCCAUUCCUAAUAUUCCUUUGAAUGGGUUGAAAGCUGAUCCUGACUUUAUUGAGGAACAGGAGGGAGGUAGCAUUUUGCCUAAGAAAAAGGGACGGGGAAGACCAAAAGGAUCACGGGCUCAGAAUUUUCAAGUCCAUGGCAACUUGAAUAGUUGCAUUAAUCCAUCAAAUAUGGUUGAAGUUGCUCCUGGCUGUGAAGAACCAGAAGAUGAAGUUGUGCCCGACAAAAAUGGACAAGAACGACCAAGAGGAUCAAGGGGGCAGUACUGUCAAGAGAAUGCUGAUUAUGAGAACUUUUACAGUAAUCCAUCAAAUAUGAUGGAAGUCAAUCCUGGAUGUAAGAAGGAGCAGGAGGAUGAUGCAGUUGACAUGCCUAGGAAAGGGGGAUUAUGGCAACCAAGAGAGUCAAUAAAUCAAGAGAUCCAUCAACAAAAUGCAGACGAUAUAAUUGCCAAGCCUAAAAGAAAGGGAAGAGGACAGACAAAAGGGUUGACGCUUCAAAUGAAGCGUCAACAGAGUGCAGAUGGAAAGUUGGAUGUUCUCAUUCAUCCUACAAAGCUGGUAGCAGUAGGUCCAGGCCGCAAUGAUUUCAUAACUGAUCUUUCUCUUAUUGUUCGCCAGAAUGCUCGUCUUAAUGUGCGCCAGUGGAAGAAAGUUCCACAAAGUACUAGGGAUACAAUAGUGCAAAAUAUUCUGAACAAUUGGAGACUUCCAGAUACAGAUAUGGUACGGAAGGCUAUUCUGUGUGAAGCAGGCCGUUUAUAUCAGAAUUGGCGCUCCAGGCUUCAUGAAUAUUACUUAAAGUUUGAAACAAAGGAGGAGGCCUUGAAGCAUGCCCCUGAUGAUAUUUAUGACUCUGAUUGGCAAUUCUUGGUUGAUUAUUUUAGCAGCCCUUAUUUUGAGAUAAUAAGUGCAAAAAACAAGGCAAAUAAGGCAAAACACCGGAUACAUCAUACUACUGGGUCAAAAUCCUUUCUAGCAGUCAGCUAUGAUGCACGUGACCCAGUGACUGGAAAGGAGCCCGAUUUGCAGACUUUUUGGCAGUUGACACACAAAAGGGACAACGGGGAAUGGAUUGACGAAGCAUCUAAGGAAAUCAAUGACAAAGUUGCUGAACAAAUUAAUGAGAAGAGAUGUCAAAUAGAAGAUUCUCAGGAAGUGGUGGAAACAAUGGAACAAGAAAUUAUUAAUACUGCCUUCAAGACAGUGGUUGGGAAGGAAUCAUUUAUGCAAGGUUUUGGAGCAGGACUAAGGUCAUCAUCAUCAAGCUCAGGUAGAAUUCAACAGCUACAGGCUGAACUGGAUGCUCAGAAAAGGGAGACAGAGAAUGCUGGGAAAGAAUGCAAUGAAAUAAAAGCUAAACUUGUUGAGGUUGAGUCCUGUCUAGAGGAGGAGCGGCUGAAAUGCAAGGAGAUAGAAGCUCGUCUAUUGGAUCGUCAAAGUGAGAUGCAGGAGAUCAGCAGUCAGGUUCAAACCACCAUCCAGGCUGCAUUGUCUCAGUAUCUUCCUCAAAAAACCGAAGCAGAGACCUCAUCAAAAAAUAAAAGAAAGAUCGCAGAGAUUGAAGCACAACUCCAUGAGGCAGAGAAUGUGAUAACAGAUAUUAGAUCAGAAUUAAUUAGAUAUCGCAUGGGUUAGGAACGUGAAGGAUGCAAUUACAACCUUUCUGGUUCAUAUAUUACAAUCUUAGUAGUAAAUUUCUUUUGGACUAUGUUUACAUUCGAGUACAUGCUAUUGCUAAACGGUAAACAGAGUUAUUUAUAUGUCUUUGCCUUGGCUGUAAACAUCUUCGUUUUCACUUAAUGUUUGAUUUAGCAGAAUAGAAA